CGGCGCGGACCGGCAGUUGCCGCCAUCAUGUGCCAGCCGCUGCACCUCGCCGUCGUCCUCGUCCUCGGCGUCGUCGUCGCCGUCCUGGGCGUCAUCGAGGCCGCCACCCGGGCGGCCACCUUGUGCCCGGAGCCGAAGACAAAAGACGAUUUCAUUGUGGACAACUUUCUGGGCACGUGGUACGAGAUGAAGAGGACCCCUUGCACGCUUAAUGUCUUACGAAGGCGAGUCUUUGUAUUAUGGUGACAAAUCUUCGUAUUAUGGUGCAAAACCUUCGUAUUAUGGCUGCUGCGCUCGCUCCGUAACCUACGAAGCCAAAUUCUUUAAAUUAAGUGUGUGGGGCUUCGACGUCGAGGACGAAGGCGAGUGCGGCACGGUGCGCUACUCCUGGGUCAAACCGGACAAGAAAGACGAGCUCAAAGUCGAAAAGAUCUACUUCCUGCCUCAGAAUUCUACGGUCAGCGUCGUCAUGAUGUCUGCCGUCCCUUCCGACAUCUCCAGCGGCAAAUUCACUGCGACGUUCCCGACGCGAAUCUAUGAGAAACCGUACCGUCCGUUCAGGUACUGGGUGCUGGGAACGGACUACGUCUCGUUCGCCGUGAUGUUCUCGUGCCAGGAACCAGAGGGCCUCGACAGGGGGCUCCAUCGUCCCGACCUCGACAGGUUCGCGGGCCCCUGGUGGAACGUGCAGCACGGCCCCUACGCCGAAGACUCCGACCGCCAGAGCUGCCGCGUCACGGAGAUCGCCGCCACGGGCAGAAACACCAUCAAACUCGUCAACUCAGUGAUGAUAAAGAAGGACGCGUUCAAACCAGGGAACGAACAUGCAUGGCAGACCUCCGAGAGCCAGUGGCGGGGCUCCGACCGGCGCGAUGGAUCGUUCGGCAACGACCUCGGUGCCAAGAUGUGCGUGCUGGCCACCGACUACGACAACUGGGCAGUGCUCUCCGUCUGCGCCGCGCGCGAUGAAGGCGACGGCUUCCCUGUCCUGCCUUUCGGGGCGCGAUGGGUGGUCAAACCAGGAGGCGUCUACGUGCUGGCCAGGAACCGCGGCCUCACCCCGGAGCAGCAGGCGCACGCCAACAAGGCCGUGGCCAAGGCCGGCAUCCCCCCCUCUUACAUGCAGGCCACGCCGUCGACGCCCUGCCCGGAAGUCCUGCUGCCCGCCACCGCUGGCGCCGCCAACAAGACCCCGGCCAUCCUGCUGCUGUUCGGGCUGGCCACCGUCCUGGGGCCUGCACAGUGAAAAAAUAAUAAAAAAAUACUUUGUAAAAGUGCUUUUGCACUGUUUUAUGACAUUCCGUAGAACUCUGGCCAUCAAUUCUAAAAAAAAAGUUUCCAGAACCUCGGCUUUCAAAGGCUUUCAGACAUGUUCCUGACACUCUGGCAAAAUUUACGCGAGUGCCUCCUGGCCUCGUCCCCUUUUGGGCUCUGGGCAGCCACCGAAAUGGAGGCAGGAAGCACGGCAGUGAGGUGCCAAUGAUGAUGUUGAGGCAUUUUGACUCUAAACGGGAUGUUACGGGGUCGCUCCACUGCCGUCACUACGCCGCGCUGGUGCGGCCGGGCCGUGCGAGCAGGGAGUAGCGACCAACGCGGGCGGGAAACUUCGCCGGCAAAGCUGCUGAGCCACCUCUGCAGGGCUGUGCGUCCCUGGCCCCAUAGUGGCCUAUUCCGAGUGUACCGAGACCCACCCACCGCGUCCGCCGCCCACCCACCGCCGCCAAAGACCCACCCACCGCCGUCCGAGAGUCCGAGGCCCACCCACCGCGGUGAGAGCCUGCGUAGCCGAGACUUUGGUUCACUGUUAAAAGAAACUGUAGGAAAACAGCACAUUUACCAACGAGUGAUUUGCUUUUAAGCAGCACGUGUCAUCGGAACUUAAAACAGCACAAAUGCUGUUAGGAAACAGCAAGUUUCAUCAUUGGAGAAAACAACAAAUAUAGUCGAUUUCCAAUGCUGGAAAACAGAACAUCUUGUUUGUAAAAUUAAUGAUAUGUGCUGUUUUGGAACGGUAUCCUGUCAUUUAAAAACAACACCAUUCAAUUGAAGAUUUGCCGGAGCAUUUUGCAGCUCACGGCUCAAAUCAAACUCCAACUAUGUCAAAAUAAAUUCUGUUGUUUCUGAACAGCAUUUGUGUUGUAAAGUUUUUUAGCAACACUUCCAAUUUUUAAACAGCGGUGAACUGUCCAAGAACUGCACGAACUGUUACAAAACAAAUGUCUUGUUUGAGCCGUCAGGAAACUCCUAUUUCCUUUUUGUGAAUAACAGAGAGACCGCGUUGAAGAACAGUGCUGUUUGUAAACAGAAAAGAGCGUUUCUGAAUGACUGCUAGUAUUGGAUAAGACUAUUAGUACCCUCGACAUUUUUUUUGUAAAUGUAUAACAACUUCUUUGUUUGAAAACAGAAAAGUGUUGUUUAUGAACAGGUUGGUGCCAUUUGGAAAUGGUAAUUCUGUUACACAACAACUUAUUGUCAGAGAUCAGAUACAGAGAGCCAUCAUCCCUUUUUACAACACUGCUGUUGAAUAACGACUCAGUGUCCAACAAUAUGCCGUUCUUCUACAACAAGUGUUGCUAAAAAACUUAACAGGAUAUAUGCUGUUAAUUAACAGCAUCUUUUCUAUCAGUGUUGUUAUCGCGCGCAGUGAGCCUCCUUCGUUGAACAUGACGCGUUCGUCGACCACUUUUGGUCCAAGACCCCCACCAUCAUGUCGUUGCUGGCCGCCGCCUCGGGGGCAAUAGAAAAUAAAU